UGUCAGGUUGCGCCGCCCGCCGCCACGCUGUUCAUCUGUCGCAAAAGGCGGUUGGGCAGCGCCGCCGCGCGGCUUCCGUGGGUGCUGCGCAGUCGCCGCCGCGCACUGACAUGUGGCCGGGGAGCCGCUGAGGAGCGAGCGGAGCAGGCGGCGGUGGCGCAGCGCGCUUGGAGCCCGCCCCUCCUCUCGCGGAGCCUUUAGGCCGGGGACGAGUUCCGGGCUUCAGCCGCGGAGAAGCGACCGCGGCGGCUCCCGGAAGCCCCGAGGCGGAGCCUCCAUGUUGGGGAAGCUGGCAGCGCGGCAGUGACCGGGCCCUGUGGGGACGCGGGGCCUCUACGGCCGGAGCCUCCGAUCCUUUGCGCCAGUUCAUCAAAACUCAGUUGUUGAACACAUUCCAGACUCCUUGGAUGCUAACAUAACCAAAUGGAAAGCAGCAAAGGUGUUAAUCACUGUUGAUGCUAGAUCCAGAAAGCCUCUCUCAGCACUCUCCCUGUGUGCUCUUCUGAGAGCCAGAGAACCAGAAGAUACUCCCACAAUAGCUUUACUAUUUUGAAAUCUACUCCUGAGGCUCCCCUCUAAGCACACUCUGGACAUUCAGUGACUUAGGGCUUGUCUACAUGGGGAAGUUGCUCUGGAAUAAGGUUGUAUUUCCCAAGUAGAGAUGAAGAACAAAAAAAAAUGUAUUCCAAAUAUUGAGGAUCAAAAACAUGAAGACAUGGAAGGUGAAGAGAAUGAAGAAAGCUGUUCCUGUCCUACUGCUGUGUUAUACGAUGAAGCUGACAGGUGCCCGAUCUGUCUAAACUGCCUUUUAGAACAGGAGGUUGGUUUUCCUGAAAACUGCAGGCACUUCUUCUGCAUGACCUGUAUUCUUAAAUGGGCUGAAAUUAUGGCUUCAUGUCCGAUUGAUCGCAAACCUUUUCAAACAGUAUAUCAGCUUGGUGCAUUAAAAUACCAUAUAAAGGUUCAGGAGAAGAUUCAACUAAGGGAGAAGGGAGAAAAAGAAAACUGCUGCUGCAAUAAGGAAAAAUAUUACCACAUGAAUACAAAAAUCUUUAUGAGAAGGGAUGCACGUGCUGACAAAGGACCAUUAAUAGAAAAACUCUGUAAAGAUUUGAAGAACUACAGUGGUAUUUCAGAUGAUGAAAGAAAUAAGGAAACUGCAUCUGUGAAGAUAAACAAGCCCAGAAGACAGACUUGCUCCAAUGAGUGCUUCAGAAAUCAUUUCUGCAGUAGAUCUUCCACUGGAGAAUCCUUCUCCAGCUAUAGAAAUGACUGUACAGAACUUACAGAAAUCCAUACAGUGAUCAGACAGAAGAGACGAGAACUGGAAUUGUCAUCAUCCUCCAUGUUAGUUAGAGUUCAAAGAAAUCCCUUCAUGUUUUGUGAAGCUGAAGCGGAAACCUUUCUUCUUGCUUCCAGUGUAAUGCCAGGGACUGUUUUUCCAACACAUACCACGCCUUUGGAAAAUUUUGGUAAACUUUUUUUUUAUCCUUCAGGAAAGAGAUGUGCUGUUGCAUGUACACAGGAAGGAGAGGAGAAAAAACAAGCCUCUGGCACAUCUGGUACUAGAGGAACAAGAAAGAAGACUACAAAUACUACUCCUAGAAGAUCUGCACGGAACAGAAAAACUGAGACUAUGAGUCAAUCUCGCAGCUCACCAAGAUCAAGUAAUUCUGGAUGUGAUGCCCCCAAUGACAAUAACUCAACUAUAAAUGUUUCUUCUGCAGAUUCAGAAAAACCACUUUCAAAACGAAAGUCUAAAAGAGGAGUUAAACAGCAGGUACCUUUGGUUAAAAAGAAACUUAGAAGUUCUCUGCGUUCUGAAAAAUCAUCGAGUGAUUCAGUGGAAGAUGACGAAGCUGCUGAGUCUGAUACACCUCCAAUAUUAGAUAAAGACCACCUGUCGGAUAUUGAAAGUAGUAACUCUUGCCUUAUGCACAAAAAUAAUGCAGAAACAGAGUCUGCUAAUGGCUUGGAAAGCUGCAGUGAACAUGUAGAGAGUGAGGAUCUUACAAGAGACUGUGACAAAGAACAGGAUACCCUAGAGAAUUCAGAUUCAGGUUCUUGUAUCCAAGAAUCUCCUGUGUUAACCUUAGAGACUCAGAAAUGUGAAAUAAAAGAUGUUAAUAAAAAUGUUACAGAUUUUGAAAAUAAAGAUGUCUGUGAAAAUAUUCUUGAACAAGUAGAACAGCCAGUGGAUAGUCACAGAGAUCAAUUACUUGAGGAUUCAAUAACACCUACAAAAGUAGAUCAGACAUUAGAUAGUCCCCAAGAUGAAUUGCCUGAGUAUCCAGAAUCUGUGGCAAAAGUAGUUCUGCCUUUAGAUAGCCCCAGAAAUGAAUUGACUGAGCAUCCAGAAUCCAUAGAAAUUGAUGAUUCUGAGGACAAAGAACAGGCAGCAAAUUGUAACACUGCAAAUAUUGAGAACAUAAAAACUGUUCAAGAUACUGAAACAGCUGUAUUAAUAAAUAAUAUUUCUCUAGACAUUAACAAAUUGGACCAGUCUUUAGAAGAGGAGCCCAUACCUGUAUGUGAAGAGGCCAGAACUACAGAGUUACUCAAGGUGAAUGUUGAACAAUCUAAUAAACAUUUUAAUGAGGAUAACAAUGAAAUGAUACCAAUGGAAUGUGACUCAUUUUGCAGUGACCAGGCUGAAUCUCAAAUUGAACAGCCACCACCAGCUGAGAGUAUCAAACAAGAGGAGGCAGGCUCAUUGCAGCAAGAUUCCGAAAACUGUGUAUCACACUCAGGUCUUUCUGACAAAAAAGGUGAAGCUUCUUCUCAAGAAACAGAAUGCUCAACAGAGGUUAAAAAAGAUAAAAAGACUCGAACUAGAAGGUCUAGAUUUCACUCUCCAUCAACAACUUGGUCUCCUUCCGGGAGAGAGGGUGGAAAAUCUCAGUCACCAUCUCCCAAAAGAGAGACUGUCAGGGAGGGCAGGAGGUCUCGGUCACCCGAAAGGGAAACUGCCAGGGAGGGCAGGCGAUCUCCUUCUCGGUCUCCAAAAAGAGAGACUGUCAGAGGGGGCAGGAAAACGCCAUCUCGGUCUCCUAAAAGGGAGACUGAUAGGGAAGGCAGAAGAUCUCCUUCUCGGUCAAGAGUUAAAGAUUCCUCUCCAAGGCAAAAAUCUAGGUCUCAAAGCAAAGACAGAGAUAGUGAUAGAGAUGGACAAAGGAGAGAUCAUGACAAAGAGAGAAGAAAUAGGAGAUGGUCAAGAUCCCGGUCACGAUCUAGAUCAAGAUCCAGAUCAAGAACAAGAAGUAAGGGUCCUUCAUUCAUUAGGAAUGAGAGAGACGGUCACUCUCCUCGGUGGAAAGAGAGAUGGACAAAUGACAGCUGGAGAAGUCCCAGAGGAAAUGAUAGAUAUAAAAGAAGUGACCAGGAGAAACAGAAUGAAAAUAUGCAAAAAGAAAAAGACAAUACAGAGAAAAGUAUUGAUGAGCAAUGUUCUUCUGAAAAGCAUAAGAAUGAUUGUCCGGACUGGGUAAUGGAAAGGAUAAAUUCUGUUCCUGAAACUAGGAGCAGAGAGAGAGACAAAUUUAAAGAUCCACAAUGGGAAGAAAAUAGACACGAUAAUUCAGGACAUUCUUGGAAUAAAAACUUUGGUUCAGGUUGGAUUUCAAAUCGCGGCAGAGGUGGCCGUAACAGAGGUGGCCGUGGCAGAGGCGGUUUCAUGUAUGGAGACCAGAAUGAAAACCACUGGCAAAAUAAAAAACCCCUCUCAGGAAACUCAAAUAGUUCUGGGAAUGAGACUGCAAGGUUCCCAGAACAUCAACCAUACAGGCGUAAGAGUGAACAAGAUUUUUCUUUUGAUACGCCUGCUGAUAGGUCUGGGUGGACAUCUGCAUCUAGUUGGGCUGUAAGAAAGACUUUACCUGCAGAUGUACAGAACUAUUAUUCAAGAAGAGGGAGAAAUUCCUCAAGUCCGCAGUCUGGAUGGAUGAAGCAAGAAGAUGAGACAUCUGAGCAAGAUCCAAACCUCAAAGACCAAACAAACCAACCAGGUGAUGGCUCUCAGCUACCAAUAAAUAUGAUGCCGCAACAAAUGAAUGUAAUGCCACAAGUGAAUGCACAACACCAGCCUAUGAAUAUCUUCCCAUAUCCAGUGGGUGUUCAUGCUCCUAUUAUGAACAUCCAACACAAUCCAUUUAACAUUCAUCCUCCGCUGCCCAUGCAUCUCCAUACAGGAGUACCUCUCAUACAGGUAGCUGCUCCUACCAAUGUGUCUCAGGGAUUACCACCACCUCCACCUCCUCCCCCACCAUCUCAGCAAGUCAGCUACAUUGCUUCACAACCAGAUGGAAAACAAUUGCAGGGUAUUCCUAGUGCUCCUCAUGUAAGUAAUAACAUGAGUGCACCACUCUUGCCUGCUCCAACAGCAGUCCUGGGAAAUGUGGGAACAGUUCAGGGACCAAGUUCUGGUAAUGCAACAUCAUCAAGUCACAUCAAAACCUCUAAUGCUGCUGUAAAAUUUGCAGAAGGCAAAGUAAGUGUUACGGUGGAAGCCAGCGCAGAUAGCUCGAAGAAAGACCAGAAAUUGUUAAUUCAAGAAAAAGCAGCACAAGAGGUAAAACUGGCUAUUAAACCUUUCUACCAGAAUAAAGAUAUUACCAAGGAGGAAUAUAAAGAAAUUGUGCGGAAAGCAGUAGAUAAAGUUUGUCAUAGCAAGAGUGGAGAAGUCAAUUCUGCAAAAGUGGCGAAUCUAGUGAAAGCAUAUGUAGACAAAUACAAACAUUCACGGAAGAAAAAUCCAGAGGAAGCAGUCUCUGCUGAAAGAAAGAGAGAGUAAAAUGAAAAAAUACUGAAAACAUGAUCAAGAUAAAUCUGCAAAGUGCAAUUUCAACAUGAACCAUUAACUGAAAAUUAUUCAUGAUUGAUUGGAAUCUGGUUUUGAUAAAAUUAUUUUUCAAUGUAGUAUAUGUUUUGUUCUAAAUAAAUAUAGAUCUAACUGCAACUUCUUUAUCCCUUUUCAAAAAAAAUGCUUAAAAGAAAGUAAAAGGUGUAAAGGGGGCAUUUUUAUUAGGAAUGUACGAUUGUGUGGAUACUAGCAGAUGUACAGCAUUUUGACUUGAAUAAUGAAGUGCGUAAAAUUAGAAACUUCUAAGUACAUUGGUUUUGGAACAGGUAUGUACAGUACAUGUAAUCAGUCAGAUUAAAGAUAUUAAAGUAAGAUUUUUCUCUUUGAUUUUCCCCUAAUUAUAAUAAAGAUAAUGUAUUCCCCUGACAAAUACUUCUAGUGUUAACUGGACAGAUUGCAGGGGUCAGUGUGUGUAUAUUAAAAAAAAGCACAUGGCUAUGUCUGAACAGAAGAACUGUUUAGAUACAAAAAAAAAUUAAUCAUAAACAGUAAGAUUCAGUGCCCAAUAUCAUGGGCACUGUACAUCUAUUGUAACACCAAAUAAAGGUUAUGCUGCUUGUUUUUGCUUUGUGACUUUUGUUUUAAGAUGUUGGGACAAAUCUGCUUAAUUCUUAUGGAAAUUAAUUGAAGGCUUCAGUUCCAAGAGGUAUGGUUCAGGCAACCAGAGUACAUGUCUACUUCUUCCCUCAUCUGGUAAAAGGACCUAGGAAAUUAUCGUUGUAUAGGGCUGGAUAUUCAGGAAUAUAAGCACUGGUUUUGUAUAACUCUUCAACUAUAUGAACAAGAGGGGCUUCUGUAUUAAGUCUUACAUGGGUCUCUAAUGACCAGAGGUAGUCAGUUGUGCCAAUUUUAGUUAUGUGAGGUAUUUUAUUAAUAUGAACUAUAGUUUGCAAGAGAAUACAGCAUAGACCACCAAACUUGUCACUAAAACUGCAAAAAGUUAUCCUAGGUAACAUACAAAAUGUAGUCACGUAUAGUAGCUUUCAUAUUUCCCAAAACACUUUGCAAUAUAGAAUUAUGUACAGAUAGUCCCAUUCUAAAGACAAAUAUGGGAGCCAUUAAGUGUGUUACAGGAAUGCUUGCAGUGUUGAGUAGAACCUGCUUUACACUGAGAGGGUAUGGGUGCCAGGACCUUGACAUUUUUACCAGCUCUUUAUGGAAAAAGCACCCAUUCGGCUCCUUUUAACUUUCAUGGGGACAGUGACUAGGAGUGCGGUAGAUGGGACCUUGCUUUCCUUCUCCUUUUGAACUGUGAGUCCCUCAGUACUGCACAUGGGUAAUACUGUUGUUUGUGAGCCCAAGACCCUUGUGUUCCAACUAAAGGCCUCAAAAGUGUGAAUGUGCCAUGCUGACACUUAGUCCCUGCAAUGUGGUGUAAUAUACUUUGUUUUAUCUUCUGGGAUGUUACCAUCCACACAGCUGUCUUUGAUAGGGGACUUUCCAGUGCUUUUCCAUUCCCUUCCAUGAGAUGAAGGAUAAAUUAAGCGAUAUAGACGUAUAUAACUAAAUGCUGUCACAAAACAGUUCAUCACUUGGUUUUAAUUAUAACUUUCUGCAGACUUACUGAAGCAUUUGACUUGCUAUAUUUAUUUUUGUGUGCCUAAAUCAAAAUAUUAUGUAAAUUGGAGACGAUGGUAUAAUACAUUUUCUAUGGUCAAGCCAUGUUUUAGAUCUUUCAAAAGUGAUUCAUAGACAGUUGUAGCAAUUUGUAUGAACUCUCAAUCUAUUUUAAGCUAGAAUUGGUUAGCACUUUUUGACAAAUCUUGUAGCAAAUUGCUAUGUCGAUCCUGGUUAAUCACGCCAUGCGUACUUAUUUUUAUUGCAUUUUCCUCUUCUGAUGAAUUUUUGGGGUUUAAUGAUUUUUAUAUAUUUUUACUGUAUACAGUUGAGCCUCACUAUAAUGUUCCUUUUAGGAAAUAGAUAAAUGUCCUUUUGAAGGGGAGUAGGAGGUGAAGGGCUGGAGGGAUGGUUGCUUUCAACAUGUUGCGGGCGGGAAGGCAGGAUUUGUUGUUCUUUGUUUCCACAGCUCCUGUCUGGAAGUCAAGAUGCCACUUACUACCAUAUUAUAAUUGGGGCAGUGAUUAUUAUAGGGAUGCUCCACUGUAUUUCAAAUCCUAAUGAAGAAUAUCUGAUAGAUUAGAAUGUGAUCAGUAAACCUUAUUUUUUACAACUGAAAUAUUUAAGAAUUUAUCAGAAAAUAUGCAGUCCAUUAAAAUGGAUGUUUAAAUUAAAAAUGCAUUGCCUUAAUACAUAGACUCUCCUAUAUUUUUCCAGAAAAAUCAGCAAGGUCAACUUUAAUAUGACUGAAUGAGAAGGCAUGUGCUUUACCUUUGUGAACAUCUUUUUGUUAAGACUAGUAUUAAAGCUGUGUUCCUGUUGAUAUUUAUUGAAACUGUUAACCCCUAGUUGUUGGAAUUUCCCAACAUGCACUAAUGCAAAAUACAAAGUGGCAGCAGGAGCUCUGGGCCCAGUUGAUGCUGAGAAGGUCGAGAAGACAAAUUCAUCUUACCUAAUUGCCUUGAGAAAAUUUAUUAAAUUGUUAUACAUUCUGUGAAUUUAGGCAAAUCACAAGGAAUUUCCCUGCACUCCUUCAAAUGGUUUCUCUGUGCAUGCUGCUUGAAUGUCUCAUCCUAAAGAUGUAUCUUCAGGAGCACAGUGGCUGGGCAAAGUCUAUGCUGUGGUGUUUAAGGCUGGAGUGCUGUCUACUGAAAUAAUAUUCUAAAAAUAGUUUUAUGUAGUGCAUAAUAUUUUCUAAUAAAUUCUUUUGACUAAACUUCAA